AUGACGAGGGGAGGAGGGAGAGUCGAGGGUCCCGAGGAAAGCCCAAGUGCGGUUUUUCUGCUGGGCUUUGGCUCCCGCUUGCUCCUCCUCUCCACCAAUCAGCGUCCACCGCUGAUUCGCGGUCCUGCAAUGAUCUACCGCUCCGUCCUUUUUGUCUACCUUUCUUCUUUCUGCCUCCCUCCCCCUUUUGAUAUUCCACCAGUUCAUCCUUAUCCAAAUCGCUUGGUUCGCAACUUCAGUACAGGACGCGUUCUACUCCGCCCCGUUCAUGUUCGAUUCUCGAUUCUGUUUACGGUAGCUCCUGGCCGACUGGCGCGUGCAAACUUAAUUUAA